AGUACAAGGCUUAUACUAGAGUUCGGGUAGUUUAGAUAAUAAUUAAUCACAAAAUAGUAUUUACCGAAUUUCAUAUGAUUAAGUGAUCAAAGAAUUACACAUUUUCGCCCAAACCUUUCACCAGAAUACUAGUAUUAUUAUUCGUAUUAAUGUUACAUGUAAUGAUGUUAAUAAUAUUUAUAAUGUAGUAUUUGUUUGGAAUUGUUUUACAAAGAGUGAUUAGAUAGAUACUGCUUUAGUAUCCCAGUGGUUUAUAUUUUGUUUAUUGACUUACUGAAGGGCUUGCAAAGCUUAAACCUAUUGGUAUUAUCCAUAAUAGGGCACGUUUCCAACCCUUUUCAUUCUUCUAGCCAAAAAAAAGUCCAUAACUAUUUUGACUAUACUUGAGUCUACUCUCUUAGGCUCAUGAAAAAUGGAAUCUCUGUGCAUGAAGAAGAAGAAAUAUCUGAGAAUCUCCAAGUUUGUGCUGCGUUUGAAGUUUCUAGAGUCAUGGCUACCGUUAACGAAGAACAGCACCAAGAGGAAAGUCAACAGACUCAAUCAGUAACUCAGCUAGAAUUUCACCAGGCUAUGAGAGAUUUCAAAACUAUGUUUCCAGAGAUGGAUGAAGAUGUAAUAGAGGUGGUGCUUCGUGCUAACAGUGGAGCAGUGGAUGCUACCAUAGAUCAGUUGUUGGCAAUGAGCACUGACAAUGAAAAUGAACGUUUACGUACAGAGCUAGAUGCCACAGAAAACGAUGAAGUACCACCUUGCUACUCCCCUGCAACACCACCACCAUCUUAUCAACAGGCUGUCCCAUAUGCCCAGAGUCCAGCCCAUUCUCCGGCAGCUGUUAUUGAUCAAUCUUCGACUGCUACGAUUAAUUCUUCUCCCACAAUACCAAGAAGACCCCAGCAGGUUCAGCCACGGUCUCAAUUGUCCAAGUCAUUUCUUCAACCUUACGUGUCCCAGACAUUGCCCUUACCAAAGAGAACAAGUGAGAAGAGCAAUCAAAAGAUAGAGAAACCAAAUGUACCCCUAAAGAUCCUGAGAAACUGGCAACCUCCACUACUAGGCCCUCUUCCUUCAAGGUUUCUUAGGCUAGAAGAAAUGAAACAUCCUAUGAAAUAUGGACUGAAAAUAACUAACCAACAAGUCAGUAAAGGUAACAGAAAUGUUACAGUGCUGAGUUCUUCUGUGCUUCAACAGCGUAUGGAGGAGAACGAACGUCAGAGACAACUUUCUCAGUCGACAGAAGAUCCUGGCUUGUCACAGUUCUUGGAAGAUGAACGAAUUGCUUUAUUUCUGCAAAAUGAAGAAUUCAUGCAGGAGUUAAGACAUAAUAAAGAAUUCAUGUCUACGUUAGAAAGAGCUUCUUCAGAUGAUGAAGAUGAUAAAUUGAAACAGCCACCUGAUGAGAUGGACAGCUUUCAUUACUCACAACCUAUUCAUGCCAUAGGAGAUGAUCCUGAUGCUGCAUUUAGAGAAAAGCUAAGAAACAUGGGAAAAUUAUCGAAACGCAAGUUUACUCAACUUGCUAAGUUGUUCUCCCGAAGAAAAAGAUCGGGAUUCCGUCAGUUCUUAGGGGAUGGAACCAACCCUUCACAAGACAACUUGUUAUUAACUGAAGAUAAUAACUCUGAAAUCUCCGAGGAGGAUUCUGAUAAUAACUUGAGAAAGGAUGAUACUUGGAAUAGCCAUGUUGGAGGUGAUGAUGGGACGAUGGGAACAAUGGAUCAUAAGAAAGAUGACGUCCACAAACUGUAAUGGAAGGAAACUCUAGUGGCCUUGGUUAAAUACAAUAUUAUUAGCAUGUGACGUCAGCUUAUUCCUAUCAGGAUUGAAACUAGUUCUUACCGAAGUUUCCAAUUUGUUAUUUAUAUGCUGAAUAUUGUGCUGUGUGGCUU